AGGCUUUAUGGGAUUUUCAAUUAUUUAUUUAAAAAUAAAGGAAAGACUAACGAAAUAUUUUACUGUUAGUCCAAACGACAGGAAACUUAUUACAAACGAUAGAAUUAGUGCAUUUUGUGAAAGGAAAUCAUCUGUCGGCUAUGAAGAUAUGAAUAUUUUUGGGGCUGCCAGCUGCCAGACUUGGUGGUAGCGCCUCUCACCGUCGACAGCGGCCAUUUUGUCACGAGACUGUGCGCAGUGACGCCUAUGGCGUCCCGAGGAAGUAGUCGAACUGUUUUGGACUAAAACCGAUGGCAUAUUGGAGACUGCACUCAGUUGUGAAAUGCAAAAUCGAAGCUGUUGACGAGUGAACCUUUCGAUUUUAGGUUAGGAUUGUGAAAAAACUACUGAACGUGUGUUGACGUUUGUCAUCGAGUGCCUUGAGCCCUUGAUUUUGGCCAGUUUUUCGUGAUUUUGAGUGACAAAUAUGGGGAGGGACUCGAGGAGAGGUGAUGAUAGCAGAGGUCGGUCUAGAGAACGGGAUCGAAGGCACCACGAAGUGAAGUCGAGUCAGCGGGAUCGGGAGAGGAAUUACAGCCCGGGGAGGUCGAAGUCGGAAUCGAAAUCAUCUAGGAGGAGAGAGCAGACCAGGAAAAAGUCCAAACGGAGGUCCUCGAAGUCCAGAGAUGGGGGAAGAUCUUGGAAGCAUAACAGUCGGAGGAGGUCCUCAUCAUCAUCAAGCUCAUCAUCGUCAUCAUCGACGUCUUCGAACUCUUCAGCAGAUUCCACAAAGCUUUUGAAGAAGCUUGAGAGACAGCGUCUGAAACAACUAGAAGAGCGAAAGCGUCAGAAAGAAUUGGAGAAAGCCACUGAGACCCCCGAGGAGAAGCGUCUGCGUCGUCUGAAGAAAAAAGAAGCGAAAGAGCGUAAAAGAAAGGAGAGAAUGGGAUGGGACAACGAUUACCUCCACUACACGAACACAGACAAUCCCUUCGGCGAUGGGAACCUCCUCUCCACAUUCGUAUGGUCCAAGAAACUGGAGAAAGAGGGUCUUCUUGGUGUGAGUCACGAGACUCUGGAGCAGAGAAAUCGUCAUAAACAGGAGGAGAACAAACGUGAACUGGAGAAAGUGAAGAAACGUCGACAGGAAAGAGAACUGGAGAGACAACAGAGAGAAGAGGAGAUGGCUCUGCUUCAGAGAGGAAAAGAGGCAGCGCAAUUGGAACAGUGGGCAAAACAAGAGGAUCAGUUUCACCUGGAGCAAGCCAGACUGAGAUCUAGAAUUCGUAUUCAGGAUGGACGUGCCAAGCCAAUUGAUCUCCUAGCGAAGUACAUUAGUGCAGAAGAGGAAGUAGAUGCUGUGGAGAUGCACGAGCCUUACACUUACCUCAGGGGGCUCCAGGUGAAGGACCUGGAGGAUCUCAUCGAAGAUAUCAAGGUCUAUAAGGAACUUGAGAGGGGUGGCAAUUUGGAUUACUGGAAUGACAUCACUGUCAUCGUGGAGGACGAACUUUAUAAACUGAAGAAACUUGAGAGAUCUGAGUACGAAGUUGCUGUGAAGAGGAGAGAGGGAAUACAUGAGUCUGUUGUCAAGGAUGUUGCUGCUACGUUCAAGGGAAAGACUGUGGCGCAGUUGGAAGGUAUUCAACUGCGAAUUGAGGAGAAAAUAUCAGGAAAACCUGAGGGAGUGGAUAUCGGUUACUGGGAGAGUCUUCUCUCUCAACUGAAAGCCCACAUGGCAAGGGCUCGUCUACGAGAUCGUCAUCAAGAGAAUCUACGAAAGAAACUGGAGGUCCUGAUGGCUGAGCAGGGAGUGGCGAGGGCGGAGAGUGAGGCCAAUGCCUCAGAGGUGAAAAGUGAGGCGUCGAGAGUGGAAAAUGCUGAGGAUGAGAAUGAAACAGUCGAGCCAAAGGGAAAGAGUGAUGAGGAGGGCUCUGAUGAUGAUGACGCACCAACAGCAGCUGAGGAUAUGCUGUCAGAGUCCAUUGGAGAGUACGAGUCUGGGGGAUAUUCGCCCAAGUACAUGUCGACCUCACAACUCGAGCCUGGUACCAUCGUUACUCUCGAGGAGGAGGAUACACAGAGGCUUGAGUACACCAGGGCUCAAGUGUUUAGUACUGGAAAUAAGGUCCAGAAUGUCAUGACUGCUGAGGAACAGGCUCUUCAUGCAGAGGCCAGGAAAAAUAUGGGAUCUGAUGAGGCGCAGUUCAGUGUUGAGACUUCGUUGGAGGCACAAAUCUAUCUGUGGUCGGAUAAAUAUCGACCAAGAAAGCCGAGGUAUUUUAAUCGGGUGCACACCGGGUUCGAGUGGAACAAGUACAAUCAGACGCAUUAUGAUAUGGAUAAUCCUCCACCCAAGAUUGUACAGGGAUACAAAUUUAAUAUUUUUUAUCCGGAUUUGAUCGACAAGAGUACGACUCCUGAAUAUUAUCUGCUCUCGCCCUACGACCCCACCGAGCGUCCAAAAACCGCAAAUCUCGAUCGACCAAGUGUCCUCGAUCCCAGCUUAGUCAACAAGCUCGACAUGUCAUUACUCAGUAAAGAACUGCUGAGUGAUUCCAUGACACAAAUUCGUCAUGGUUUACAAAAGUUGGGUGGGGAUCGUCACAGUACAGCAGACGUAAAGACCCUACGUCAGAAGCGUCGUAGCAUCGAGCACAUGUUAAUGGAUCAAUCACUGGUGCCACUCGGAAUCAGACGACAGUUGUCACCCGACGUGAGACGUCUGGACGACAACAACAACCGCAACAAGAUCAUGUCAUCGCUGUCAACAGUGAGAAUAAUAAAGUCAUCGAGACCAGCAGAGCUUGAGGUCUUCACUGGUCCCACCAAGACAACACCAGAGCCCUGCACCACGUGCGGUCGUCCAGACCAACCAGAGCGUCUCCACAGUCACCCAAAGGGUGUCCUCCCCACCAAGAUCAUCAGCAAGGAUCAGAAUUCCGGGAAGUCCAAGGAGACUGCCAAGAAGACAACGCAGAAACCGGUGGCUCUGAAUUUUCAGAGCGAAAAGACAAAGCUGAAGGCCAAGGACGUGGGAAAGGACAUGUCCAGUGAUGAAAAUCGAGGCUCAUCAGCUGCUGGAAGACGAGGACCCAGAACAGUCACUUGUUACAUCUGUGCAAGGGAAUUUGGAACUGCCAGCUUUCCCAUUCACGAGCCCAAGUGCAUGCAGAAGUGGGAGAGGGAAAAUAAUUCUUUGCCAUCCUCUCAAAAACGUCCUCCACCACAGCGUCCUGUCGUCCCAAUUGACCAUCAAGAAUGGAACACAGUCGCUUGGCAGUUAUCUCAGACACAAUUGGUGCCCUGUUGGAAGUGCGGCAGGACCUUUUUGCCGGAUCGACUGCCGGUCCAUCAAAAAAGCUGCAAAGCCAACGUUAAGCAAAAUUCAGCGUCGAGUAAGUCGGACAGAUCCGAUCACUCGGGGAGCUCCAGCACUCGUUCCCUAACGACUGUUCAAUGUGAAGUUUGUGGGCGAAAUUUUGGCUCCACGAGCAUUAAAAUUCACGAGCCCCAGUGUGUGAAACGAUGGCAGACAGGAAAUGAAGGGUUGUCAGGGGGUGAACGGAAAAAAGAGCCACCGAAACGUCAGGAGUCCGGGGAAAAAAUUUCAUCCUCCAGUCAAUUGCAGAGAAAAACAGUCACAUGCUACAUAUGCGGACGUGAUUUUGGCUCGACGAGUAUUGAAAUACACGAGCCCCAGUGUCUGAAGAAGUGGCACAUGGAGAAUGGAAAGUUACCGCUGAAUCAGAGACGCCAGGAGCCACAGAAACCGGAAGUUAUACUCAGCAGUGCAUCAACUCCUGGUAACCCAGUCAUAGAUUGGUCUGCAACGUCGGAUGCAAGAUGGAAAAGUCACUUGGGACAAUUGAUAGCUUGUAAGAACUGCAAAAGGACCUUCAAUCCUGAUCGCGUUGCUGUGCACGAGCGCACCUGCAAGGGAACACGUUAAUCAAUACCAUAGACAGUUUUUUUGGUGUUUCUGGGGUCGAGUGUCGCACGUCUGAAGGAUGAAAAAUAAAAAGAAGAAUACAUUAACCAAAUAAAUUUAAAUCACUGGUGUUAAUUUAUCGAAUAGAAUCGGUCAAUAGGUGAGGUCUUGACACUUGACCCAAUCUCGAGUCACGAAUUGAAUUUUAUUCAGUGUAUCAUUAAUAUCAAUUCCAGAGUACAAAAGAAUAAUUUUUCUCAGUGUAAAUGAUGAAAUUGUUUACAACAUUAUUAUAUCACAUCGAAUUAACUUUUGGAAUAAACUGGGGUGAUAUGUAAUAAUGGAAAUGAUUUGUGCUUUCACGAAAAUAUAUAUUUAUUUAGAAAUCUU